AUAAGCCAGAUCUACAUUGUUGCGGUCAUCCUGAUGUUGUAUCAGGCAUAGGUCUGAAGGUGACGAAGGUGUUGCUAGUAAUUGGAUUUGAAGCUUGGCCUGCUCGCAAUCCCCAUCUGUUCCGUGCCUCUGCGUAAUGAUCUCCACAGCAUGUGUAUUCAUCUGUGGAAGAUAAAGGCGUAUCGUAGCGCUGCUGUCUACUACUGUGACAUACACUGGUAUCUGAGGUGGCGAUGCUCUGAUAGGGUCUGCAGCGUCUGGCAUCGUUCCCAAACGUCUCUGACAGCUCUGCUCAUGAUGAUCUACAUCGGCUCAGAUUUUGCGUUGUCUGACGAGUUUGGAUUUUUAGGUCACCGGCACUUCUACAGGAGGCAAGACAGCUGGCAAUGUCUGGGAAAGCCCCAUCAACCACACCCCUGGUCAAUGAAGUAUGCCAAGGUUGAUUGCGGUGCGUCGGAUUUCAUCCAGCACCUUUGGGCAUUACUAGUACACUAUACUGUGUGUAUUUCCCGCUCGUUAUUUUCUUCUAGAAGUCCGAAAGGCGAGUGGCAGGACACCUCACGUGUGAUCUGCGGACUUGUCUUCCAUAAACUCAAUGACAGCUUUGCAUUGCCCUAUCAACCCGAUGCGCGUGCACCUCUUGUGCCUGACUACUCAUUGGGUUCGCCCACUUCUAAGUUGUGGCCCUCUAUAUAGAGCCUUGUCACAUCCGCUCGCCCUACACUACCGUUAUAUUCUCGUCCAUAUUCGCCACUUUCGGUAACGAUACGGCAUACACUCCGCACAUUAGCAUUCUGCAUCUCGAACCUGUUAAUAGAGAGAUAUACUCCGAUAAGCCUGCUCCGACAG